GAGACCCCCUAUAGCAGCUAAUGUAAUUUUCGGGCAUGUUCAUUAUGCCUUUUUUUGUUGCCGAUUUUUGUGGCGAUUUCCCUCACCGCUGAACUUUGUGUGGGCCGUAGUGAACGUUUGCUUUGACCGAUUUCAACGGAACUUUCAUCUUAGGGAAGGAGAUAUAUCAUAUUUACAGUCAUUACGUAAUUUGUAUGAAUGUGUUCGUUGCAAAAGUCAAAAUAAUACACGUAAACUUGACGUGUUUUGAUCAGGUUUUAUCGUGGACACAAUCGGGAGCACAAUCGGUGGCUUUUGUCAAUGAAAUGGGUGCAUCAUCAUGCACAGUCUUGGUGGAAAUUUGAACUAAUGCGCCGUCGUAUACGUACGUAUUAAUUUAUCAAUGACCUACAGAAGCUAUACAAGGAGUAUAAUCAAGAAGUAAUGGCCCAAUACUUGGAUAAGGAUCCGUUCACUUACGAACAUGAGAAGCGUACGUUUCUGAACGACUUGCGGCAGUUUCACUCUUCGAAGGGAACACCGUUGAAUCGUCUUCCAUGUAUUGGGGGAAAAGAAUUGGAUCUGUAUUUGCUAUAUAACAAAGUCGUGUCUCUUGGAGGAUUUACAAAGGUCUCUGAUCAGGAGCUAUGGGAAAGUUUACUAGAAUUUUUUGGUUUACCUCCGUUUUGCGGACAAGGUGGCUAUGCGCUAAGGCAGAUUUAUACAAGGCAUCUAGUGGCCUAUGAGAGAAUAAAUCAUGGGGGUGAAGACACAGAAGAGGUGCUACGUGGCGAGGGUGGCCGUGUCAGUAUGUCACUCAGUACUGCUCAGAAAUUUAGCUAUGGACGAAGCGUUCCAGAAAAUGUCCGCUUAACAACGUGCAUGGAAACGGCCCUCGCCAAAUUAACGGAUUACGAUAAGCUCAAGUUGUCGUUAGAGUGCGGUCUUCCAAAUGAGAUUGACUUCGCACUUAAUGUGUGCACUCUUUUGUCCAAUGAGAGUAAGCACGUCCUUCAUCUGGAGCAAGAGCCUCGGCUAGUGGACUUGUUACUGGCACAUGUUGGCAUUUUCUUAGAAGGUGCCGGAAGUUACAGAAAUGUCUACCAAGAUAGUUGGAAAGGUUACACAAACCGAGACUUUGUAAAAUUUUGGUACGAUAGUGUCCAGGAUAAGGAGAUUAGGGAAGUUAUCGGCCCAGACUCCAAAAAACCAAAAGACAUUAACAAGUUCACCGAUUCAAUGUUGUUCGCUCAGAGAACUGAAGGAAUUAAUGACAUUGAGAAAAAUCGUAUUUUACAGGUGGGGAUUAUAUUGCGCAACCUGUCAUUUGAACAGCACAAUCAGCAUGUGAUGGCGCGGCAUCGGACGUUGUACCGUUUCUUGCUUCUAUGCUCACACAACGAUUGUUCAACACUGAAACAUAUUGGAAUGGAUACAUUAAGUAACAUAGCAGAAUUAUUUAACUUGGAUCCUAUAGAUUAUCGUAGUUCACAACUCAUGUUUCAUACAAUUUAUAAAGGACUUUAUGAUAAGGAUAAAUAUGUUAUGCUAAGAGCUAUGGAGAUUGUUGAGAAACUGUGCAAGACAGAGGCAAAUUCUGAGAUCCUAAUCGAGUGUCUUGAGCGAAGGUUAUAUGACAGAGUGGUUACGGUGCUCACCAUUCACGAUAUCCAACUCCUCCUUGGUGCAUUAGAGCUGCUGUUGGUCUUGUCAGAAAAAGGAGAAGUCACGUGUACCCAUAUAGUAGCAUGUGAUCGAAGCAUCGACGUGCUGGUUUGUCUAGUAACACUUGAUGCACAGUCACUCGGCCAGGAUGCUUUCAUUGGUAUCAAAAUAGUUGACCAUGCCCCGGACGGCAUACACCAUCCCAUCGUCACAAUGAAUCAAGGCUCGAUGGCUCAGGUGCGGGCACCCAUGCCAACUCCCAUGAAUCCCCAACAGCAACAGAUGGUGCCACAAGUGGGGGCGAUUCGAACUCAGUCCACCCCGAUACAGAGACCUCCACCACCGAUACAUAUGGCUCGUUCUAGUCCAUUAGCACGACCCCCAUCCCAGUCACCUGUUCCAACUCCCAAUUUACGUACUGUCCCUCCAAGCUCAGACACAGAAAACGAAUCUUUCGCCUGCCAAUGGUUAAAUGCCUGCUAUGAGGCUGCAGUGAACGGCAGGGUUGCUAGGACAGACCUGUAUGCUAACUAUCUCUCAGCCUGCAAUAAGGCCUCACAGAGGGCUAUACUCUCAUCCACCCACUUUGGAAGAUGUUUAAAAGCUGUCUUCCCAAAGGUAACCUAUCAACGAACAGAGACACCUGAGGGACCGCAGUACCACAUUUUAGGUGUCAACAAACGAGCUUUGCCCCUGCCACUGAUGCCUAGCUUGCCUCAGCCAUUACAAGCAGGAAUUCAACAACGGCCAAAUUUUGUUUCCAGAGUUGCAAGUGGAUCACCCCAGAUAACACCUAGUCCACCUCUAAGAUAUCCAGCGACACCCCAGUCUCAAGGCACAUCCCAGCCAGUUCAGUACUAUGCAUUGCCACAAACGAGGAUGGUUAACCCGUUGAUAGGCCAGCCUAGAAUGCCCCAAGGAAUGCCAGUCAAUGUACUCUUCAAGUCUGCCCCACAGACACCACAGAUGGUUCAACAGAGACCGGUUAUGACGCAGCAAGGCUGUGUACAGCAGCAAGGCAUGAUCCAGACUAUAAUAAGACCAGCACAAGGUGGAAUGACCCAACAGGUCACAAUGGUACAACAGCCAGGAAUGGUACAGCAGGCUGGAGCACCACCAAACCAAGGUGCCAUGGUGCAGCAACCUGGUAUGGUCGUACAGCCAGGUGCAAUCCAACAACCCACGAGCAAUUCUCAACCUUGUAACACGCAGCAACCAAUGUUACCAACAACCAACAACCUUGUUAGCAUGCAACAGCCAGGUGCAAACCAACAGUUGGUUUUUAAUUCUACUCCUACCACACAAAAUCAGAUACCAACACCAGUAGUAUCACCUUUGCCCAGUGUUCCUUCUCAGGAGGCACCAAGCCAACCAAAACCACCUAGCCAACCUGGCACCACCCCAAAAACUCCAGCUAGUAAGAAGCCUGCACGGACUGCAUCGAAUACACCGCAGAAACCUGAAGGAGGAAGCCCAAAGAAACCUGGGACAAUAACAGGUGUUGGAACACCUCACAAGGCCCAAGCUCCAGAACAUCCCCCAAUUCAAAAUGGUGAGGUCCAGAUUGAGAGGGUACCGAAUAUUCAUGUUCAACAUAUACCGCCUGGUAUGAAUAUCCAGUUGGCGAAUUCUCAAGCACCGGGAAAAGUCAUGGUUCAAGGAUCUGGUGUUAUUACUAUUUCCCAGGGUUCAACAGAAACUGUGACCUCUCAACAGCUCCCUGGAUCAUCACCGUCUGCUUUACAUCAAGCGUUGUGUGGUAAUCAAAUACCUCCCUCUACAGUUCAGGGGGACCAACUGCAAAUAGGACAGCAACCAGUGCAGCAUCAAGCAAAUGCAAAUAUUCAACCAAUACAACAAAAGUUACCUACGCUUAUCAGUCAGCCCCAACAGCAAGUAAAACCUGUGCCCAUCCAACCUCAUGUACAAAGCCAACCAUUCAUGCAAAACAUUCAACAGCAGCAAAUAAUUGGUCAGAUUUCUUCAACACCACAUCAGACAAUUCUGUCAAAGCCUACAUUUGUUCAAACAAACCAAGCAGUGAAUCAAAACACAUUAGUAGCAAGACCAAUGCAAUCAUCCCCAGUAAGCCAGUCCUUGCACAUUCAAAAUCAGCAAGUUGUCUACCAAAGACCUAUAGCCCCUGCCCAGCCAUCAGGACUAUCUAGAUAUCAAGCAAUUGCACCAAAGAGACCAAAUCCAUCACAGAGUCCAAAACAAACUGGUGACUCCCCGCUGAUCAAAAAACUGUUACAGGCAGGGCCUGGUCUGAAGGCCUUUGUCUCAAACCCAAACCUUUUGAACAGACAGCAACAGCAGCAGCAGCAUCAAACUGUUGUACAGCAAGCGGGUCAACCCCCAAACCAAAUGGUACUCCAGCAUAACUUCCAAAUGCAAGGACAGCAGCAAAUUGUUCUCAACCAGCAAAUGAUCUUUCCCAAUCAACAGUUCAUUCAACAGCAGUCCCAAUCAGUUCCAUCAUCAACUAACCGGGUUAUACUAAGCAAGCCUCCAGUAAGCCAACCUACCAUCAUGAUCACCCAGCCGCAGAUUGUUCUAACUAGGCCACCACCUUCAUCUCCUCAUGCUCUCCAAAUUCAAAUGCAUCCGCAGAAAUCGCCCCAGCCUAAAGAAGAGAAGGAACCAAUUCUUGAAGAUCAGGAAAAGAAAAUUGAACUUAUUCGAAAUGAGGGUUACAGGAAAGGAGAUUCAAAUUCCACUGUUGAAAAAAUGGAGGUAGACCCUUCUAGUAAUCAGAAUGGUGACGUAAAAAUGGAAGACAAUUCUCAAGCUAGCGAUGAGUUAGAAUCCAAUGAUAAUGAUGAGGAAUUGAUUAAUGGUACUGAUAACCGAAGCGUGUCAACCACCGAUAGCGGUAUUAAUGGUAAUGAUGAUGAAGGGAAAGAAAAGAUAGAAACAUUAUUGCAAAACGGACCAACAAAAUUAACGGACAAUAUUUUAGCAGCACCGGAAAAAAUACAAAAAAUUCUAAAGAAGGGUGCAAAGGCUAUAAACGCAUUAUCAAAAGAGAAUUUAUUAAAUGGUUACAGACCGGAAAUGGAAGUGGAACUUACAAUACAAAGAGUUGAAAAACCAAAGACAAACGGCAACCCUCUGAAACCUGUAGAUAGUUCGGAUCCAGGAAUAGAGAGCCGGCCUGGUGCCGUAAAUAAUGAUCUAAAAGCAAAUGAUAUCACAAAAGGCAUUUCGAACGGUAUUCCAAACGGUGGGAUUGGCUCCCCGUUGAGUGAGUGCAGUGCCGAUGUUGAUAUACACGGCACAAUAGACAGUAAAGUAGUAACACUUGAAAGUGAAAGAACUUUACCCAGUGAAAAAUCUGUCGUUGCAUCUAAUAACAUUCCAAAGGCUGCUUGUGAUGACGGUGGAGCAAGUCCGUCGCAUGCAGCAUGCAAUACUGAAAAAACCUCUGAAGGAAUAGAAACAAGGAAAUUACACGGUUCACACACGCCACCUUUGAACAGAGAGAAAGAUAAUUCAUCAGACACAAUUGACACCAGCCAAUUACAAACUCAGGGAACCAACUGCCAAUCGGCUGUGCCUGCGAGCAGUAGAAAAUCAAAAUUGCCAUCUGCGGACAAUGGCCAGAUUGAUGGUAAGGGAUUGAAGCGUCUUCUGGAAACAGCCAACAACAUUCCAGUUUCCACCAUUCCAUGCAAGAUUGGAGUUGCCACGACUGCGGAGAGGAGAAGGAGACGUUCGUCGUCUUCAUCGACAAGCAGUAAAAAAUCUACAAGUCGGAAGUCUUCGAUGCCAGCCAUUGGACUGUAUCUGUGUGAAUGGAAAGGCUGUAAAAAAUCUUUCAACAAAGCCAAAUCUUUGUGGGUGCACUCGAGCAAAGCGCACGUAACUUCAGAUUCAUAUCGAGGUGUUUGCGAGUGGAAUGGCUGUGACCGUGUUAAACGUCAAGUUUGGUCCUGUGUCAGCCACCUCCAGGAUAAACACUGCACAGAGGUAGCUCUGGCAGCCGCCUCCGCUAAGAGGACCGAGCAGAUGUUGAGGCAGACUCCCUCCACACCAUCAAGCCAUACGUCGUCGCCUUCCCCCCAACCUGCUCCAGUGGUUUACAAUGCGCAUAAUGCAUAUCAUGCAAUACGACGAAGUUUGCACGUCCCGGCCUUAAAAGAUUUACUGGGUGAACCUGAAGGACCUGUUACCAAAAGUAUUCGUAUUACUGCAGCAUUGAUUCUCAAAAAUAUAGCAAAGUAUUCAUCAGAAGGAAGAAGUAUUUUACGUCGGCAUGAAUUUCACCUUGCAAGAAUAGUAAUCAGCCAGGCAGAGUCGUCAUCCACACUAGCGAAAUGUCUCGAGGAAAUGCAGAAAGACUCAUGACAAAAGUAUACCACCACGCAAAAAUGUCAUCUUCCACUUCACGCAUAUCAAGAAUCCCACAGCGCUCUCUGUAGGUUUAAUCAAAAAACAUAACUAUAAUUCUAAGAACAUAUCAUCCAAGGAAAAAAGUGACAAACCAGAAUGGAAAAUGUACAUUUCUUAGUGUAUAUUUUGUCGUAUUCUUAGUUGUGUGUUUUUCUUCUGUUGACGGUUUCUUUCCCCAAUACUUUGUAUUUAAUAGGAUAAGAUGUUUUCUAUUGGAGUUUUGAAAUAAUUAUUAAAAGAAAGGGAAGAUGCUGCUGGAGUUGCCUGAAGAGUGGUAGUCAAUAUUCACGGCUGUUAAAUUAUUUCAAUCAAUCCAUAUUUAUGACAACCUGGCAAUUAUUUCCUUUGUUUAAUGUUGCAUUCUAGUGCACCCCUAAUCAUGGAGAUCACACAUUUACAAAUCGUGAAACGGGGAUUGUGCCAAGUCUUGAUUUUGAAGAGGUAACAAGAAUACCAACUUUAAUGAGUAGGUGGGAAUGCAUUAUUAUUGCGCAUCUGAAAUAUUUUCAUUCACGCUUGAAUGCAUUUCAUGUUGUGAUUACAGUUGAUCACUGGAUAUGUACGGUUUUCAACUGUGUACUAGAAUGCUGCAUUGUUACUGUUUUGUUCAGUUUUGAAAUCUGAAAUUUAGCCAUGAUUACCUGUGCUAAAUUUAGAAAGGGAAAAUAUAUGUAAUUCUUUUUUAUAUUUACAUAUUACAUGCAUAUAGAAAUGUAUACCUUUAUUUAUUUAUAUUUAUAUAUGUGUAUAAUGUGUGAAUUAAUGUAUUUUUAGUGAAAUGAAGGUUAUUAUUGUAACUUUUUGUUUACUUUGAGCUAUGAAAUCCCCUGACUGGCCUCCUUUCCUUACUCCCUUUCCCAGUGUUACCUACCCCAAUAUUUUUUUUUUAAAGAAAGACUGGUUCUAAUAGGAAAGUGACAAUCAAAAUGUAGCUCGAUAAAGUGACCUGUUUAUGAAAAAGCUCAUAGCCUUGUUCCUGUGAAGUAAAUAAUUUGAAAUUGUCCAUCACAUGCGACAUACAAAUCAUUCUUGUGUUUCUUUUUGUAUACAAUAUUUUCUGGUUUGUGAAUGCUGUUAUGGGUGUGUGUGUUUCGCUAUAGGUGUGCCAGUGUUGCUGUGGGUGUGUGAAUGAUGCUAGGGGUGUGUGAGUGAUGCUACGGGUGUGUGGGUGUGUGUGUUAUACCAUUUAUGCUAUGAUUUGUCUAUUUCUAAUUUGUAUAGAGAGUGAUAUGUACAUAAAUAUUUAAGAAAAAAAUUGUUACUUUAGAUAGCGGCAGGGAAAAUUUGGGGAUUUAAUGUACAGUUUAUAAAAAAAUGCUUUGAAAAAAAUUUCAUUUUGAAUUAUUUCUUUGGAAGAUGCAUCAGUUAUUUCUAUAAAAACAGUUUCUGUUUUAUUUAUUUUUUAAUUUUUUUUUUGUGCAUUUAUAAAUUUUGCCGUAAAAAUGUUAGACAUUAUUUGGAAACCAACAUUGCUCAAUUCAGGCAUUCCUUUGUAUUCCCCAUAUGGUAUCUUAAUAUGCAUUGGCAAAUUUUUUUUUACAGUUUUGAUAUUUUCCAGGAUGUGUAUACAGAAGAAAUAAAAAAAAAUUAUCUCUAAAUAGAUCAAUUUAUGUUUCCACACUUCCUUUUAAAAAUAUCAUGUUCCAUCCAUGUCACUCCUUCAAACAAUGAAAUUGGCCCUCAAACCCACUCCAUUUGCACAAAUUAAAAAUGUGAUUUAGUACUCUAUGAUCAUGGAGUUAUGAAAUUAAUUUGAUAGCUCCGUGCUAUGAUGCAACAUAUAAAAUAUUUAUGGUAGGAUUUUUUUUUUAUUUGUAGAUAUUUUUAUUAUCAUCUUCACAAAGUCUAAUGCUAGGCAUACACUAUUAGAUUUUUGUAUGUCAGAUUCAACAAUAUUUGGUCAGAAUUUUGUGUGAUAGUCUGUGCUUGUUUAAAACAUAUCUGAUCAUACAGAUCAUUUGUGUACAUUACUUCACUGUCUUUUGGACAAUUCUGAUCAAAUAUUUCUGUUAAAUGUAACAGACAAAAAAUUGUUCAUGUGUGCCCAUUAGUGUAAUCAGUGACUAUUACUUUGUUUUUUAGAAUUCAGUUUGUGUAACAGUAUUUAUUUUCAAGAAUUCAGAAUGAAAUUUGUGCUAUAAUUUAAUUAUCAAUUUAUUUGAUAAAUUGCGGUGCUUAUAUCAAGCGAUAUUACAGCAGCCAGGAAUUUAGAAUUUUAAUUUUUUAUUUAUGUUUUAUGUUUUCCCCUAAACAAAUCAGCAAUAUACUGAUUGUUCAAAUAGUGAAGUUUCGGAGCCCAAUUGAAUGAUACCGAAAUACAAAAGAAUAAAUGAUACCAAUUUUGAAUUGAUUGCAACUCAAAUGUUCAGAUAAACUGACAAACAGUAGAUGCAACUAAACUUUCUGUUUAUUAACGUCAUAGAAAUUGUAAAUAUUCUAGUCAAUAUGUCUUUUGUUGUUAUCAUUUGAAUGUCUUUAAUUAUUAUUAUUCUUAUUUUCUCUUCUUUUUACUUCUUUUUUUUCAACUUCCAGAACUCUACGUGUACAUUGUACAUAAGGUUGUUUUUGUUUUUUUUAUCGUAACAUGAUGUACCGUAUGUGGACAAAUUGUAUUUAAGGUAUAAACCAAAACGCCAGAUUCGUAUGAAGUAUAUUCACAUAAAAUGAGACUACGUUAUUAAUUGAGGAGUGACACGUGUCACUAAUCGACUCUUGUUAUUUAUUUCGAGAGUCUAGUAUUAUGAUCUUUCAUAUUAGCACUAGAUUUGUUGUACCUGUAUUUAUUCCAAUGUAAAAUGGCAUGAUAGACCUAUUUGUAGGUCAAUUGUCUAUUUGUGAAAUCCAAGAAAUAAAAUGCCAUUGCAUUUUUAUAUCUUGUGAGUCCGUCUUUUGCGGAUGAUUGUCAAAUUCUUCUUUCUUUUCUAAUGGUAUUUUUGACAAGUUAAAUUUUUGAAUGAAUUACUGAACGUAGAUAAUUUUAGUACUUUGACCUUUGGGUCAGGGUAAUAGACAUCUCUUGAGUCAAUUUAUUAGGGAAAAUAAAAUGAGAAUUUGCACCAUAA